GGCGCCGCCGCCGCCGCCGCUCCCGAGGCCGCCGCUCCUGCCCGCCGCCGUGUAGAGCUCGAGCCCCAGCCGCGGCGGAGAGGAGGGAGGAGGAGGAGGUGGAGGAGGCGCCGGGCCGCGGGGUUGUCAGUAUUUAAACAGAGCACACCAUGCGUGAGUACAAGCUAGUGGUCCUUGGUUCAGGAGGCGUGGGGAAGUCUGCUCUGACAGUUCAGUUUGUUCAGGGAAUUUUUGUUGAAAAAUACGACCCAACGAUAGAAGAUUCCUACAGAAAGCAAGUCGAAGUAGAUUGCCAACAAUGUAUGCUGGAAAUCCUGGAUACUGCAGGAACAGAGCAAUUUACAGCAAUGAGGGAUUUAUAUAUGAAGAAUGGCCAAGGGUUUGCACUAGUUUAUUCAAUCACAGCGCAGUCUACGUUUAAUGACUUACAGGACUUGAGAGAACAGAUUUUACGGGUUAAAGACACAGAAGAUGUUCCAAUGAUUUUGGUUGGCAAUAAAUGUGACUUGGAAGAUGAGCGGGUAGUUGGCAAAGAACAAGGCCAGAAUUUAGCAAGACAGUGGUGUAACUGUGCCUUUUUAGAAUCCUCUGCAAAGUCAAAGAUCAACGUUAAUGAGAUAUUUUAUGAUCUGGUCAGACAGAUAAAUAGAAAAACACCAGUGGAAAAGAAGAAGCCUAAAAAGAAAUCAUGUCUGCUGCUCUAGAAUUGAAGUCAGCAGCAGCUCUGAGCCAGAUUACAGAAAUGAAGAACUGUUGCCUAAUUGGAAAGUGCCAGCAUUCCAGACUUCAAAAACUAAAUCUGAAGAGGCUUCUCCUGUUUUAUAUAUUAUGUGAAGAAUUUAGAUCUUAUAUUGGUUUGCACAAGUUCCCUGGAGAAAAAGUUGCUCUGUGUAUAUCUCCUGGAAAUAAGGCAUAGUAUUUCUCCUUUGCAAUAGCAGUUAUAACAGAUGUGAAAUAAGAUACUUGACUCUUAAUACAAUUAUACAGAAGAGCAUGGAUGCAUUUCAAAUGUUAGAUGUUACUACUAUAAUCAAAUGAUUUCAUAUUGACCUUUUUAUCAUGACUCCUCCCUAUCAAGCACUAAAAAGUUGAACCAUCACACUUUAUAUCUGUAAUGAUAAAGAUUAUGAAAUCUUCCCUCAAACUCAUUGCAGCAGAUAACUUUUCUGAGUCAUUGACUUCAUUUUAUAUUUAAAAAUUAUGAAAAAUCAUCUGUCAUUAUAUUCUAUUAAAAUUGUUUGUGCAUAAUGCUUUGGAAAAAUGGGUCUUUUAUAGAGAAAAAACUGGGAUAACUGAUUUCUAUGGCUUUCAAAGCUAAAAUAUAUAAUAUACUAAACCAACUCUAAUAUUGCUUCUUGUGUUUUACUGUCAGAUUAAAUUACAGCUUUUAUGGAUGAUUAAAUUUUAGUACAUUUUCA